AUGAAGAGUGUAAACACGUUCUAGUGGUGGCGGAGAUAGGCCUGGCAAUACGGCGAGAAUUGACCGAGAUGGCCACGCUGAAUUUUGACCUCCCCCACGGACAGGGCUACUUCUUUGCUGGUAACAAAUCUAACCUUUUCACGAACCGAGAGAAAUAUUCUUAUACUUUUAGCAGGAUGGCUAGCAAAACCUUGAAUGAUACAGAACUCUUUGAGCAUUCUGGUGCUCUCAAAGGCAAAGUUGUUUUGAUCACUGGAGCUAGUAAUGGCAUUGGACAAGCCGCCGCUAUUGCUUUUGCUUCAUACGGAGCAAGGGUAAUUAUUGGAGAUAUUGAUGUAGCAAGUGGCAAACACACAAUUCGGGAAUGUCUCCGGGCUGGUGGAACCAUCGGAGCAGAUGCUAUGGUGUUGAAGUGUGAUGUUACUUCUUGGGAAGACCAAACCGCUCUCUUCGCAGCAGGGUAUGAAAAGUAUGGAAGAAUCGACUACGUUGUCCCAAAUGCUGGCAUUGGCCAAGGCGGAGACGGCUACUUGGCACUUACUGGACUCGAGAGGAAAGGACUCACCAAACCCGACACCAAGGUCGUCGAUGUCAAUCUCACCG